AUGUCAGUCAGGAAAACCACCAGCUAUACCGUCAAGUCCUCUUCCUCUGGGGCAGCCCCUCGCAGCUUUAGCAGCAUGUCCUACUCUGGACCCAGCCAGGGGGCCUCACGCCAGAGCUACAGCGCCCGCAGCUCCUAUGGAGGGGCCAACAGAGGCAUGGGAGGUGGGUUCGGGGCCGGUGGUGGAGGCGGCAGCUACAUUUCCAGCUCCUCUGCCUAUGGAGGUGGCAUGGGCCUAGGGAUGGGGAUGGGGAUGGGGAUGGGGAUGGGGAUGGGGAUGGGUGGCGGCUCUCAUGCCCCCAUCACUGCUGUCCAAGUGAACAAGAGCCUGCUUGCCCCCCUCAACCUGGACAUCGAUCCCAACAUCCAGAUCGUCCGCACCCGUGAGAAAGAACAGAUCAAGGGCCUCAACAACCGCUUUGCCUCCUUCAUCGAUAAGGUCAGUCCUGGUAACUUGUCUGUCUGUCUGUCUGUCUUUCUGUGCCUAUGAAGAUAUCUGACAAUGUAUUUUGCCUGGAGCUUGUAAACUACCAGAAAACUUUAAAGGGAAGUACAGACAGUCAUGUACUCUGGGAUUUUUAUUAAUCUAUCUCUAUUAGCCAUUAGAAUGCUGAGGUGUGGAACAGUGGAGAAGAUCCAUAGAAAGUCCACUUUGUGUAACGCUGGUACAUGCCAUGGGAGCUCUGUUACAGUAUGUUAGGUUGAUUACACGCACAAGCAAACUCAUGAGUUUGGAAAAGGGAAGGAAAUGUAGAAAAGUCUGAUAUUGAACAAAGCACAGAUACAGUCGAACAAACUAAUUGUGAUCGUUUUUCCCUGGGUUCUCAAGAAUUCACAUCUAAUGAUUUUGCAGUAAUUGUCCUUUUAUAGUGAUGAAUAACAAAAGUGCAGCAGGGUGGGGUGGGGGAGAGAGUUUCUACAGAAGGGUGUGUCUGUCUCUGGUUAGAGUAUAGCUCAUAGCUAGUGAUCUGGUUCACUUUGGGAAUGGCUACCCUGACCCUGCAGAGGGGUGUAUGUGUCCUGCCCCCACCCUGGAGGACAUGACAAAUAAGGUAGAUGGAGGGCAAUAUCUGAACACGGUCAAACAUCAAUAGAUAACAUUUACAAGUGAUAGCAAUGUUUGAUAUUGCUUUAAUUCAUGCCUGGGGGCGUUUUCGUUAUGGCUUUUCUACUGGCCUAUCUGUCUCACAUGCGUAGCCUGCUCCAGUGGGUUAAUAUUUAAAAAGGGCAGCUGGUUUCAUGUUCUAGCUAACAACAGUGGAUUGAUUACAUAAAAAGGAACAAAACUAAUUAGAAAUAGAUUUCUCCACUGCAUGCUUCCAAAUAAACUAAAUAAUAGUUAGCAAAUAGCCCAUAAUUCCCUUUUAUACUUAUUUCUAGGUAUUGACUCUUAGCCAAUAACAGUUGAUGCGGCCAUUUUAGCAGAAUUCCUGAUCUCACCUGAGGUUCAGCCAGGAGCAAUGUCCACUGAGAGCCAUCUAUCUAUUUUCUCACCCAUUUUUAGUGAGCCAACAUGUCAGCCUGCAUGCUCUCGCCCUCCCCCAUUACACCUACCUGUAUACUGCAGUUAAAUAUGUACAUUCUAGCCAGUUAGAUGAAGCCCCUCCCACACCUUUGUCCUGUUCCCCUCUAUUCUCCACCUCCCGACCUCUCGCUUUUAAAACAGGAAAACAUGAAGGAAGUCUAAAGCACCAGCUCUUUCCAUCUGCCCCCUCUGCCUCCAGUCAGGAUGCACAUCAUAGCUUCCUUGGAAAAACAGCUUGCUAGGUCUAGCCUGAAAACAGAGUCAGCUGCCCCUACAAUUUCCAAACACUAAUUGAAGCAAUAAACACCCUAAUUUCUCCAUUGGAAGAUUGGAAAGUUCACAUGAGGAUGACAUGAUAGUCAUGGAUGAGUCAUGUUAGCCCACCAUCGAAGUUCCUAAUGUCCUUUUAUUCUAAAAUGAUAUUCUUAACUUUAUUUUCUUGUAUAAAAAACUGAAAAAGGCCCAAAGGCAUCAAUAUAAUGUGAUACACUUGUGAUCAAUGUGCCUAUCAAAUGAAUAAACAUCUACCCCCUCUCUCUACACACAGGUACGCUUCCUGGAACAGCAGAACAAAAUGCUGGAGACCAAGUGGGGCCUCCUCCAGGGACAGACCACCACCCGCUCCAACAUUGAUGCCAUGUUCGAGGCCUACAUCGCCAACCUGCGCAGACAGUUGGACAGCCUGGGCAACGACAAAAUGAGGCUGGAGGCUGACCUGCACAACAUGCAGGGUCUGGUCGAGGACUUCAAGAACAAGUGAGUUAGACUUCAAGAACAAGUGACUUCAAAUGACACUCAUUUUACCUAGCAGAUCAUCAGCCACAUUCUCAGGAAAUGCUUUGAUUGGGCUUCUGUCCCAGUGCAUAGCACCAUUGUAGAGAUAAGGUCAUGGAACGCAUGUUAGUAAAGGGAGUUUCAUGGUUUUUGAUUUAAUCAGUAAUACAGGACACUCCAGUAAUAGGUCAUCUCAGUACUAUGGAUGGACAACACCCAACUGCAGUCCAUUGUUUUCACAUCAUUGAAUAAGCGUUCCUGGAGGGAACAUUCUAUUUCAUAUGUCUGGAGGUGAAAAUAAUUUAGAUGACAGAGCUGGAUGUCUUUCAGCUUCAUGUCACACAGAUAGCUGCAUCAUGGCGCACACACCAGUGCCACAUAUAUGUCGGAACUGACAAAUGAUAUGAGCACAUAAGCAGUCUAUGUCCUUAGGAGUAAAGAAACACCGCACAAGUUUGGCAUGGAGUCAAGAUACCACAGUAGAAAACAAUUCCCAGACUCAUAUUUGUUGUGGACGUAGCACUCAUGCCCCCUAGUGUUAAAACGGUAUAUUAACUAUAUAACAACAAUAACACAUAAUAAAUAGUUACAAUGUAAUUAUGACAUAGAAAUAUAUAAAUGUAAUCUUGAAUAUAUGAUUAUCUGAAAAAAGCUAACAUAGCUCUCUAUCUUCUUCUCAGGUAUGAAGAUGAGAUCAACAAGCGUACAGAGUGUGAAAAUGACUUUGUGCUCAUUAAGAAGGUUAGUAACUUAAGUUUGGAUCCCAUUCAUUUUUUCUGGCAUUCUCUUACUGUCAUCUUGCCAUCUUAUUAACAUAUUGAUUGUGAAUGUUCCACUCAGGACGUGGAUGAGGCCUACAUGAACAAGGUUGAGCUGGAGGCUAAGCUAGAGAGCCUGACCGAUGAAAUCAACUUCCUGAGGCAGAUCUAUGAGGAGGUAUGGCACUGAGCUCAUCACUUAGCUACUUCAGUUGUUAAUAAGACACUCAUUCAUUACAACCAGAUGUGUUGUUGGCGGCUUCCAACAACCGCUUUGAUGUAUUUGCGUAUAGUUUAUUUAUUUACUGAGAUACGGAAUAUGGAUCUGCAGUUUUACUGACAUCUGUUUGGCAUCUCGACUUUGACGUCAAACAGAUGGACUCAAUCUGGGUGGGGUUUUAUCUCUGGGGUAGGCAGAAGUCUGAAAGCCUUAUCUGCAAUAGGCCAAGUGUUUGAUGGUCUCUCUCUCUCUUCCCUCUCCUCUCUCUCUCUCCUUCUCUCUCUCUCCAGGAGCUGCGUGAGCUGCAGGACCAGGUUAAGAACACCUCAGUGGUGGUGGAGAUGGACAACAGCCGUAACUUAGACAUGGACGCCAUUGUGGCUGAAGUGCGCGCCCAGUAUGAGGACGUCGCCAACAAGAGUCGGGCCGAGGCGGAGACAUGGUACAAGAGCAAGGUACAGUAAUGGGCUCCUCUAUAGUGGUUAAAUAUAUUUUCUCCCUUUGGUCGCUGAAUUAUGUUCAGGGCUGCUAAUAGCCUUUCAGUACACUGUAUGUGGUUAAAAUGAACAUAAGUUGAUGUCAAAUGGUUCUUUCACACUAACCAUGUAUAACCAACAAACCAUCCGCUGUCUCCUCUGUUGGAUGUUUAGUAUGAGGAGAUGCAGACAUCUGCCACCAGAUAUGGGGAUGACCUGAGAUCCACCAAGACAGAGAUCUCCGACCUGAACCGCAUGAUCCAGAGGCUGCAGUCUGAGAUCGACUCCGUCAAGGGACAGGUACGCAACAAAGACUCUCUGUGCUAAUGUAUAUAGUAAGUAUAAGCUGGAAGUAGAGGCCUAAGCAUUGUUGUUCACUAGUUUACUCCAAUUAGGGAAAGGGUGGUGGGGUUGGAAAGUAAUAAAGGGGAAUAUAUAUAUAUAUUUUAAGGAUAUGUAUGUGUAUGUAUGUUUAUGUAUGUAUAUGUAUGUGUGUAUGUGUGUAUGUAUGUAUAUACAGUUGAAGUCGGAAGUUUACAUACACUUAGGUUGGAGUCAUUAAAACAUUCCACAAAUUUCUUGUUAACAAACUAUCAUUUUGGCAAGUCGGUUAGGACAUCUACUUUGUGCAUGACACAAGUAAUUUUUCCAACAAUUGUUUACAGACAGAUUAUUUCACUUAUAAUUCAAUGUAUCACAAUUUCAGUGGGUCAGAAGUUUACAUACACUAAGUUGACUGUGCCUUUAAACAGCUUGGAAAAUUCCAGAAAAUGAUUUCAUGGCUUUAGAAGCUUCUGAUAGGCUAAUUGACAUCAUUGAGUCAAUUGGAGGUGUACCUGUGGAUGUAUUUCAAGGCCUACCUUUAAACUCAGUGCCUCUUUGCUUGACAUCAUGGGAAAAUCUAAAGAAAUCAGCCAAGACCUCAGAAACAAAAUUUCCAAACGCACCACAUUCAUCUGUACAAACAAUAGUAAGCAAGUAUAAACACCAUGGGACCACGCAGCCGUCAUACCGCUCAGGUAGGAGACGCGUUCUGUCUCCUAGAGAUGAACGUACUUUGGUGCAAAAAGUGCAAAUCAAUCCCAGAACAACAGCAAAGGACCUUGUGAAGAUGCUGGAGGAAACGGUUACAAAAGUCUCUAUAUCCACAGUAAAACGAGUCCUAUAUCGACAUAACCUGAAAGGCCGCUCAGCAAGGAAGAAGCUACUGCUCCAAAACCGCCAUAAAAAAGCUUGACUACGGUUUGCAACUGCACAUGGGGAGGACUUUUUGGAGAAAUGUCCUCUGGUCUAAAAUGGGUCUUCCAAAUGGACAAUGACCCGAAGCAUACUUCCAAAGUUGUGGCAAAAUGGCUUAAGGACAACAAAGUCAAGGUAUUGGAGUGGCCAUCACAAAGCCCUGACCUCCAGCCUAUAGACAAUUUGUGGUUAGAACUAAAAAGCGUGUGCGAGCAAGGAGGCCUACAAACCUGACCAGCUCUGUCAGGAGGAAUGGGCCAAAAUUCACCCAAUUUAUUGUGGGAAGCUUGUGGAAGGCUAAUCCGAAAAGUUUGACCCAAGUUAAACAAUUUAAAGGCAAUGCUACCAAAUACUAAUUGAGUAUAUGUAAACUUCUGACCCACUGGUAAUGUGAUGAAAGAAAUAAAAGCUGAAAUAAAUCAUUCUCUCUACUAUUAUUCUGACAUUUCACAUUCUUAAAAUAAAGUGGUGAUCCUAACUGACCUAAGACAGGGAAUUUUUACUAGGAUUAAAUGUCAGGUAUUGUGAAAAACUGGGUUUAAAUGUAUUUGGCUAAGGUGUAUGUAAACUUCUGACUUCAACUGUAUGUAUAUGUAUGUAUAUAUGUAUGUAUGUGUGUAUAUAUAUAUAUAUAUAUAUAUAUAUAAAACAUGGGGGAUUGGAAGUGAUGCAGAAAAUUACAUUGUCUGUGCUAAGAAUUAGAUUGGUGGUAUGUAGACCCACAUGAUGUAGACAGAAUAGAGUAUUUUUCAAGGGCAUUAUCAAUUUGAUAAUAAGCAGAAGUAGUGACAUGCUGUGUCUUUCUCUUGUGUUAGCGUGCCAACCUGGAGAACCAGAUAGCCGAGGCUGAGGAGCGCGGUGAGAUUGCAGUGAAGGACGCCAAGCUCCGCAUCAGGGACCUGGAGGAUGCCCUCCAGAGAGCCAAGCAGGACAUGGCCCGCCAGAUCAGGGAAUACCAGGACCUGAUGAACGUCAAACUGGCCCUGGACAUUGAGAUUGCCACCUACAGGAAACUGCUGGAAGGAGAGGAGGACAGGUGA